AUGGAUGAUGAUGAGUCAGAGUAUUGGGGAAGAUCGAUCAACUGGCCAAAUGGUGCCAAGAAACAGACCCGCAUCACCGUGGCCAUACUCUCAUCUCCCUGUACCAUCAGGAAGAAAGUACAGGAGCCUGAAGGCUGUUACCUCCAAGUUGAAGAACAGCCUCUUUCCAUCAACCAUCAAGUUCUUGAACCACCCUCUCUGGUGGUGCGUGAAGGUGAAACAGUGGAGAUACGGUGUGUCCUGAACAGCACCAAUGUGAAUGACAUUGUGAAAUCAUUCCACGUUCACUGGUACAACUCACGUAAUGGAAGAAUCAAACUUAGUCUUUAUGACAAUGGCGUCACUUACAGGUCACCGGGCUUCUCCGAUCGAUUUCAGCUUUCCAGGAACAACACCAGUAACAGCUACUCACUGACCAUCAGAGAGGUGAAGAUUGCCGACUCUGCUAAUUACAUCUGUGGCCUUUGGGGGACUUUAUUUGGAAAUGGAACCAAGCUGAAUGUAACCAUUGCAAAUCCUCCGAUCCUGAUCCAAUUCCCGAGGCUGGAGCGUGUCACUGAGGGUCACACGGCACGGUUACAUUGCUCCAUGGAGAACGCUGAAGUGGGAAACACUGAUGUUCACUGGUACCGAGAACUACCCGGGCAGGACAUGGAGUGGGUUUUAACACACGAGGCAGGAGGCAGCGUACGAAGGAGACCAGGCUUCACUGAGCGGUUCCAGCCGUUCAAAGACGCCUCCAACAGCAGCUUCAUCCUGACGGUCACAAACGUGACGCUCAAUGACUCUGCCGUCUAUUACUGCACAGUGUGGGGAGAUAUCAGAGGGAACGGAACCCAGCUCAGCGUAGCCAUUUCUCAAAUGAAGGAGAAUCAAGUUGUGGUGAUGUAUCUUGCCUGGAUCAUUCUACCUUUGGUGCUGGGAGUUCUUGCUGUUACUGGAGCCAUUUGCCUCAUCAGACGCAGAGCUUCUGGAAGCCACCAGUCCUCCCAGUCCGGAGCGGAUGAUGAUCAGACUCCAGGAGCAGAUUAUGAAAACAUAUCUGUGGCAAGAAAUGUCCCGGUGAGUUCUGAUAGUUUUCUGGGAUAA